AUGCCUGGCAGCGAAACUCUUCGGGCCCUGCGGCUGCUGUCGCGCAGCUCCGGUGGCCUUCUUUCUGGAUCGGAGAAUGUGACACGACGAUGCCUUGCACGAUCCAUGGCCACAGAUGCCCAGGCCAAUACUUCAACCACUUCCGAUCCCUCCUCGCUCGCCCCAUGGGACCUCCCCGUCAACGUUAUGACCUACUCCUUCCCUUCCAUGGAGCCCGUUCGAUUGGUGAACUACACCCAGAAACAACUACAGAUGCCCAUCCGCAAAGAUAUUCUUCAUCGCGCAAUCAUAUACGAGGGUGAUGCGACUCGGCAAGGCACUGCCAGCACGAAGUGGAGAGACGAUGUGCACGGAAGUCACAAGAAGGUCAUCCCACAAAAGGGAUCCGGUCGUGCUCGUGUCGGUGACAAGCAAUCGCCAAUUCGAAGGGGUGGUGGUGUCGCUCACGGACCUCACCCCCGCGACUUCUCGACAGACCUGCCUGCGAAGAUCUACGACCAAGCGUGGCGCAUCGCAUUGAGCUACCGAUUCCAGCGCGGUGAGCUGAUUGUCAUUGAUGACAAGAUCUCACUUCCCUCGAAAUCUACCCCCUACCUCCUCGAAAAGGUUCUGGAGGCCAACGGCUGGAACACUAAGAAGGGCCGGUCGACAUUCAUCACGGACGAGGUGGACAUGGACAUGUUUGAGAAGGUGGAGAAGAUGAACCGCUAUGCGACUAUCAUGGACCGCAGCGAUGUGGACGUUAAGAACCUUUUGGAGACUGCGAGGUUGAUUAUUGAGAAGAAGGCGCUGGAUCAGAUCCUCAAGAAGCACUCGCGGGAUCUGAACAGCAAGCCUGCGGCCGCAAAAUACCUGUAA